AUGCGGAGCUGCAAGAUGGUGCGGGUGGCCAGCGUGCUGGGGCUCGUCAUGCUCAGCGUGGCGCUGCUCAUCCUGUCCCUCAUCAGCUACGUCUCGCUCAAGAAGGACAACAUCUUCGGGGCGCCCCGCGCCGCCGGCGCCGCCGGGCCCCGCAUGUACAUGUUCCACGCGGGAUUCAGGUCUCAGUUCGCUCUGAAGUUCCUGGACCCGUCGUUCGUCCCCAUCACCAACUCCCUGGGCCAAGACCUGCAGGACAAGCCGUCCAAGUGGGUGUUCAACCAGAGCGCCUUUGCCCACCAGAGGCAAGAAAUCCUUCAGCAUGUCGACGUCAUCAAAAACUUUUCUCUGACCAAGAGCAGCGUUCGGAUCGGGCAGCUGAUGCACUACGAUUAUUCCAGCCAUAAAUACGUUUUCUCCAUCAGCAAUAACUUCAGGUCUCUGCUUCCUGACGUGUCUCCCAUCCUGAACAAGCACUACAACAUCUGUGCCGUGGUGGGCAACAGCGGGAUCCUGACCGGGAGCCAGUGCGGGCAGGAGAUCGAUAAAUCGGAUUUUGUCUUUCGCUGCAAUUUUGCUCCGACCGAGGCUUUCCAGAAAGAUGUUGGACGGAAAACCAACCUUACCACCUUCAACCCCAGCAUCCUGGAGAAGUAUUACAACAACCUCUUGACCAUCCAGGACCGCAACAACUUCUUUUUGAGUCUGAAAAAGCUCGAUGGGGCCAUUCUUUGGAUCCCCGCUUUUUUCUUCCACACGUCGGCGACGGUCACGAGAACACUGGUUGAUUUCUUUGUUGAGCACAGAGGGCAGCUGAAGGUCCAGCUGGCUUGGCCAGGAAAUAUCAUGCAGCACGUUAACAGGUACUGGAGGAACAAGCACCUGUCCCCGAAGCGGCUGAGCACAGGGAUCCUCAUGUACACCCUGGCUUCGGCCGUGUGCGACGAGAUCCACCUGUACGGCUUCUGGCCCUUCGGCUUCGACCCCAACACGCGGGAGGACCUCCCGUACCACUACUACGACAAGAAGGGAACCAAGUUCACCACCAAGUGGCAGGAGUCCCACCAGCUGCCUGCAGAGUUCCAGCUGCUCUACAGGAUGCACGGGGAAGGACUGGCCAAGCUCACCUUGUCGCAUUGUGCCUAA